CAUUACUUAGUCAUUUCUACACCUCAUCACAUAAGCUGCACGCAACAGUAAAACGUACUUUGUUGUAGCUAAGCAGAAGAUGCUGUAAAUUCUCUCUUCCAUGGAAGUGACCAGAGACAUCUUCUCUAACCACCUGCAUAUUCUCAGUGUGACACAGAAAUCAGGUGUAGAGCAUAGCAUUAGUUAUCAAAUUGCAUGGGAGGGUAGGUUGGAUUUUUUUGCUUUACUUGAAAAAGUGAAGACAGUGAGGAAGGAGUUAAUCGUUACAAAAUACGGAGGUCAUUUCCUGAGCCCUGUGGUUGGAUGAAUGCAAACUUUCAACUAUUUCUAAUUCUUCUCUGACAUUUAAGAGGCUUCCAAUGUGCACUGUACAUCUCAGAUCAGCUCUUACUCAGAGAGGAAAUCUGAUCUACGAUAGCACGGAAACAUCAGCAGUGACCAUGGCAAGGGAAAUUCCUUAGGGAGCUGCCUGUAAGUCUGAUCAACACUUAAGAUGAAACGUGUUGCAUAUUCUUUGACAGGAUGUUACAUGCAGAGUUUAGCUAUAUAAGGCAAUUUCUGAGGCAAUAAGGGAAUAUUCAGGAACACAACUUUCUGCUGUGAACAGAUUUUGAAGCCAAGAAGUGUUCAUGAUAUGAUCAAGCUGGCUUGCAGAGAACAAGAACUCUCUUUUGAAUAAUGGUUAAAAACGGAUCACACCUGGACGCUGAGACGCUUGCAAUGCUUCAAAACAAAGCUAUCUCCAUCACUCUCCCAGUGGUGUAUACAGUGGUGGCUAUUAUCAGUAUCCCUGGCAACUUUUUCUCCCUUUGGGUGCUCUGCUGGCACAUCAAACCCAAAACACCUUCUGUUAUCUUCAUGAUCAACCUGAGCAUCACGGAUCUCAUGCUGGCCUGCUGCUUUCCCUUCCAGAUUUCUUAUCACAUUCAGGGCAAUCACUGGACCUUCGGCGAGACUCUUUGCAGCCUUGUGACUGUGAUGUUCUACUCCAACAUGUAUUCUUCCAUACUGACUAUGACCUGUAUCAGCAUAGAGAGGUACAUGGGCGUGGUACAUCCCAUGAAGUUGAUUAAGUGGAGGAGAAAAAGAUAUGCCCUGGGUGCCUGCGUGAUAAUGUGGAUUUUCUUGCUACUAGCUUUCUACCCACUGGAAAACACAGAUCUGACCUAUGAAGUGAAAGAACUGGGGAUUAUAACCUGUUUUGAUGUCCUCAAAUGGGAAAUGCUGCCGAACUUUGCAGCCUGGGUAGCCUUUCUUCUCACCCUAUUUGUCGUGCUCUUCCUGAUUCCUUUCAUUGUAACAGUUGGAUGCUACAUGGGCACCAUUCGGAAGCUUAUUCAGACAUCAAGCAGAUAUGGUAACAGGCAGAAGACUAGGUCCAUAUACCUGGCAGUGAUAGUUCUUUUGGUAUUCAUCACUUGCUUUGCUCCCAAUAAUUUUAUCCUACUUGCCCAUAUGAUUGUCCGUCUGUUUUACGAAAGGAGUUUGUACCCUGCCUACAAGCUCACCUUAUGCUUAAGUUGCCUCAACAACUGCAUAGAUCCCUUUAUUUAUUAUUUUGCAUCUAAAGAAUUUUACCAGAAAUUCAUGCAAGUUUUUCGCCCUAAGGUACCACUCACUGACAGCCUGGAAACCAGAAGGGAAAGCUUAUUUUCUGGCAGGACCAUGUCAGUCAGGUCGAUGUCUAGUGGACCUAUGGAUGGCCUAGAGGGAGUGAAGAUCUGUUUGCAAAGGCAAGAAAGUGUGUUCUAGCCCCAGGCAGGAAAGCACCCCUGAGUUCCAAAUGCAGAGGCAGAAAACAUUUCUUUCUGAAAAUAACUCUCUCCAGUGACAGACAUCAAACCAUACGCAUACCAUGCAUGCUACUUUAGCAAACAACUGUUUGCUGAUAAGAAGUGGAAGCACGAAAGAAAAUGAGUUUAUUUUUAAAACCUCUGAAGAAAACCCAACAUAGUUUUUUAAAGGUUGGCCUGGAGUUAGUACAAAGGAGAAGUUUAGAACAAGAACUAAAUUUAAGAUAUAUGAUUUCAAGCAUUACCCAAAGCUUGAUGUCCUAGAUGAAUGUGAAAUAUUGCUGUGUAUGAGUUAAAGCUUAUGCUGAAAAGGGAUUUUGGGUAGGGGAGUUAUUUUUCUAAGCAAUGUGCUUUGGGUUUUUGUUAAUGUAUUGCUUUCUGUCUUGUAUUUCUAUAAAAGAGUGAGAAAACAUAGCUUGUCAUUUUACCAUUAAUGCUUAAUACAUAGCCACUGUGAAUUCACCACAACACUCACCCAACCGUUUAUCAGAAUCAAACCACACUAACCUUUGAAAAGGUUAGACUGACUCAUAUUGUUUACUUCAAUUUUAUCAAGCAAAAUAUCUCCAGCAAUAAAAGAAAAGCUAAAAAGAAGAGUAUUUGAGUUAACUUCAACUGCUGCAUGGAUUAGAUUUUUAUUUCCUCAAAUUAAUUUCUUAGGAUGGAGAAGGAGGUGAAAGAAGAGAAGACAACUUACUGCAUUUAAAGUAAAAACAAAACAAGAAAUAAAAAAAUAUACACCCCAAAAAACUCCCUGCUUACUUGCUUGGGACUGUUGUGUCCACGUCGAGCUCAAUCAACGUCAUUUUGUUUCGAGCAUGCCCUACACGGUUGCCUGCUCUACCCCUCUAAUGAAAGAAACAAUGCUAAUAAUAAUAAAAAGGUAUACAAGGCAUAGCACAGUACUUUCAGUAGUUUGGAUGUGUGCCUCUAUUUACCUACACUGUCUGAAAAGACACACAGACUGGGUUUUUCCUAAGAAGUCCCAUAGUCAAAAGGCAGCAAUUCAGUUAUUCAUGUUUUGCUGGCCCACGUGAUAAUUUAGCAUGGUUUUGCCUUGGCCUUCAAGUCCCUCUUCCAUCCACUUAAAGCAUUACAGCUUUCUCUCUACCAAAACUGUUUUCAACACUUCAGCAGAAACUGUUCUGUCAGCCAUCCUGAAGUCCCCUCCGAAAUGUGGAGAAACGUCUCUAACAUAACUGACAUCAAGCAGCGCAGAAAAGGCAGAAGCUUUGCACACUGGGUAUCAACUGUUGUAUUCUGAAAAAUACUGAAUUGCUCCUUUUGCAACACUGAAAAGCUGCUCACAACUGACUGAAAAUGUUCUUCUCUCCAGCUUCACUCAACUCACUGUAACACUUCAUCCUUUUCUCAGUCACGCACCCCAAGCAAUAGGAACAAUUUCCCAUGAAGGUACUUCAUCAUAUCAGCUCUCCUCAAGAUAGCUCAGGUUAGGCAAAAUCUGAGUUUUUGAUAGUGGGAUUGUUUCUCAGAAAAGGCAUGUGGAAGUGAACAAUGUUUUGAAUCUGACGGUGCAUACUAUGAAGCUUUGGGGGGCGAGGGGUGUGUUUUAAGAGAAUAAAAUAAGAAGUUACUUCAAAAAUAGUGCAAAAACUGCUCUUCUACACUGGAAACAUGUCCUCAUGGGACACCAGAUGGUGUAAGACUGCUAACGUCCUUGUUCAGUGUAUGCGAGUUUAAAUGUAUUUAUCUGUGUAUAUGUACAUACAUAUAAACGCAUGUUGCCAUUUGAAAUGUUAUUGAGAAGUUCAUAUCUAUACUGCCUUCAGUUUAGGGAAUCACUUUCCCACAGCAUUCUCCUAAAGAACCUGGCAGCCCGUGGUUUGGACAUGUACACUCUUUGCUGGAUAAAGAACUAGCUGCAUGAACAGGCCCAGAGAGUGGUGGAGUGGUGGUGAAUGGACUUUAAUCUACCUGGUGGCUAGUCAUGAGUGGUGAUCCCCAGGGGCUGUCACUGUGGCCUGUUCUGUACAAUAUAAUAUGACCUGGAUGAGAGCAUUGAGAGCAUCCUCAGUAAGUCUGCAGAUGACACCACACUGGAAGGCAAUGUCAGUCUGCCUGGGGGGUAGGAAGGCCCUGCAGAGGGAUCUGGACAGGCUGGAUCACUGCACUGAGGACAAUGCAGUAAGGUACAACAAGACCAAGUAUAGGAUCCCGCACUUUGGCCCCAACAGUGCCAGGCAAUGCUACAGGCUCAGGGCAGAGUGGCUGGAAGACUGUGUGGAUGAAAAGGACCUGGGGGUACUGGUCAACACUGGGCUGAAAAUGAGCCACCAGUGUGCCAAAGUGACCAAGAAGGCCAAUGGCAUCAUGACUUAUAACAGAAAUAGUGUUACCAGCAGGAGUGGGGAAGUAAUCAUCCUUCUGUACUCAGCCAUGGUGAGGCCACACCUCAAGUGCUGUCUUCAGCUUGGGGCCCCUCACUACAAGAAAGACAUUGAAGACCUGGAGUGUGUCCAUGGAAGGGCAACAAAGCUGUUGAGGGGUCUGGAGCACAAGUUUAAUGAGGAACAGCUGAGGCAACUGGGAUUAUUCAGUCUGAAGAAGAGAAGGCUCAGGGGAGAUCUUAUUGCUGUCUACAGCAUGAAAGGAGCUUGUGGAGUGGUUGGGGUAGGGCUCUUAUCCUGCAUAACUAAUGAUAGGAGAAGAGGGAAUGGCUUCAAGUUGCACCAGGGGAGAUUAAGGUUGAAUACUGGGAAACAUCUCUGAAAGGGUGGUCAGACGCUCCAACAGGCUGCCCAGGGAGGUGGUUGAGUCGCUGUCCCUGGUGGUGUUCAAGAAACAUGCAGAUGUUGUACUAAGGGACAUGGCUUAGUGGGGAAAUACUGGUGGUAGAUGGAGGGUUGGACUGGAUGAUCUUGGAGGUCUUUUCCAACCUUGGUGAUUCUAUGAUUCUACAAUUUUAUGAUUCUAGUAUAGAGUCGUAUAUAUAUAUAGAUGACAUGCUUACUAGAUUGCCUUUGUGGUAGUAAUUUUACUGAGAAGCUAUGGAUGUAUAUAAGCUCAUGUUCUGUUUAUUAUUGUUGGGUUUGGUAUUUUUUUUAUUGCUUAACAAUUUAAUGUCUGAAUGUGCUUGGACUUUUUUAUAUAAGAAUAAACGAAUAAAUAAACAAACCGUGAAAAGUACAUGAUUUAAGAUUUAAGAUGAGUUUGCACCUAUCGUGUGCAAGUUACUUCUCUGCUUAGAACAAGGCAUGGAGAUCAAGUUAAUACAUAAAAUGAAU